AUGAAGUGUUCCGUUAUCUAUUCAUCAUUGAUUAUCGCUGUCGCACUCUUUGCCGGUUCAACAGUCCAAGGUGAUCCGUCAUAUUCGGCCAGAUAUUUGGCUAAAAAGGAAAACGAAGCCGAAGGUCGUAUAGAACCUGUAACAACCAGUCUUAUUGUCAGCGCUCUCGCUCCUGUCGUUCUCAAUCUCUUUUCUGGUCUUUUGGGUAACUUAUUCAGUAAACCAAAUGAUAUUGAAGAACGUGUUAUCUAUGGGCGACCAAUGCAAGUGAAAUUAUGCGGUGUUGAUAAUUGUAUCCAGUUAUUAGAUAAAGGUUCAGGUUUAACAACUGUUGGCAAAGGUGAUACUGUUCAACAUGCAUUAGGUGAUGCUGUCGGCGCUAUGUUAACAACUUUAUUAGAAAAACGCUUGUUAAGUAUGCAUGAUUUAUGCCGCGAACAUAUUCAUUUUCCUCAUCCUGAUACUCAAAACUGUCCCGGUGUCGAAAUCAAUACUUGUGAAUUGAGCAAACCUGUCGUUCCUGCUCCACCAUGUGUCGAUUCUCAUGGCGCAGCUUACUGUAAAAAGAUGCAAAGUCACUGCUCGGAAAGUAUGUAUUCAACAUUCAUGAUGCACAAUUGCUACAAGACAUGCACCAACAACUGCUAUAAAGCACCACCUGGCCCAUGCGAUUACGCAAAAUGA